AUUUAUAUUAGAAAUUUUAUAAUAAUAAUUUUAUAAUUUAAUUUCCUACAAAAUCCCAUCGUUAAGAAGACAGACAGACAGACAGACAGACAGACAGACAGACAGACAGAGACGGACAGAGGGAAACGUAUUUCUCUCUUUUCUUCUUAUACAUAUACUAUAAACAUGACAAUAUUUGAAGCCAAUAAUUUUUCUAUGCAACUUGAUGACGGUCGUUGGCUAUUUAAAGACGUUAAUAUCAAACUUGACAAAGGCGAUGUUCUUGUCCUGAGAGGUCAGAGUGGUGCUGGAAAAACAACUCUGUUAAAGGCUCUUGCUGAGCUGAUUCCUUACACUACUGGUGAUUCCAAAUUAUUUGGAAAAACACCUGAUGAGUAUGGAAUUCCUCAAUGGAGAUCUCAUGUUAUGUAUGUUCCGCAGCGCCCUGCCAUUCAUCCCGGAACACCUCUUGACUUUUUUGAAAUGAUAAAGAAAUACUCCAGCCAAAAGGGAAAGACCUUUGGUGACCCGGUCAAGAUUGGCAUGGAUUGGAACCUAUCAGAGUCACACUUUCGGGAGAGAUGGAGCCACCUGUCGGGAGGUGAAAUGCAACGAGCUGCACUGGCUAUUGCUUUGGCAUUGAAUUCAGAGAUCCUACUAUUAGAUGAACCUACAUCUGCCUUGGAUCCAGAGUCUACCCUUUUGGUAGAAGAGUCUCUCAAGACACGUACCUGUGUCUGGAUUACCCACAACCCUCAACAAGAGGAACGUGUAGCUACUCAAUCACUUGUUCUCUACCGUCUGACAAAGUCUCCUCUUUCAAGUGAGAAUCUGUCUGACGCGGCUACAGAGAUUGACAUGCCCAUAUAAAAGAAAGAAAAGAAAAGAAAAAACAGAAAUGAAACAAUGUUUCAAUUUUUAUUCCCUGUAUUCUGUUGGUUACAUUUACCCUACCCCCCCUCAUCUCUCUCCUCUUUCUUUUCACCGUUGUUAUAAUAUGAAUAUGAAUAUAAAUAUAUAUAUGCGUGUUGGUCUAUUGACAU